CAGGAAAAAGGGGGGUUGCCUUUUAAAGCCUCUUUGGUCUUCCUCCUGCUUCCCAGGCGGUGCUCUGUCAGACCGAGUGUUGGUGUGUGAGAUUCGUAACAAACGGGUGGUUGUGUGUUACUUCUUAGUGAGUUAGAAAUGGCGGCGAUCAGGACUCUCGGGAAACUGUGUCAACAGUCUCAGCAUCAAGUCUGUAAACUGCACACAUCCGCCUUGAGGCAGGACGCAGUGGUCGUCUCAGGAAGGAAACUGGCACGCCAGAUUCGGGAGGAGACCCAGGUCGAUGUGGAGAAAUGGGUUUUAGCCGGCAACAGGCGACCUCACCUGAGUGUGGUUCUUGUUGGAGACGACCCAGCCAGUCACUCCUACGUUCUCAACAAGACCCGGGCAGCAGCUGAUGUCGGAAUCUCAAGUGAGACGAUUCUCAAACACUCAGACAUCAGUGAGGAGGAGUUACUGGACUUGAUCUACAAACUCAAUGCAGACCAUCGUGUGGACGGCCUGCUGGUCCAGCUGCCUCUGCCAGAUCACAUUGAUGAGCGGGUAAUCUGCAAUGCGGUUGCCCCUGCCAAGGAUGUAGACGGCUUCCACGUGGUUAACGUUGGCCGCAUGUGCCUGGAUCAGUCCACCAUGCUUCCAGCCACCCCCUGGGGAGUCUGGGAAAUCAUCAAACGCACAGGUAUUCCCACUUUUGGGAAGAAUGUAUUAGUUGCAGGACGCUCUAAGAACGUGGGAAUGCCCAUCGCCAUGUUACUGCACACAGACGGACGCCACGAGAGGCCUGGAGGUGAUGCCACAGUCACCAUUUCUCACCGUUACACUCCAAAGGAACAGCUUUGUCAGCACACAAAAAUGGCAGACAUCAUCGUGGCCGCUGCAGGGAUCCCAAACCUGAUCACAGCAGACAUGAUCAAAGAGGGGGCAGCUGUGAUUGACGUCGGAAUAAACCGAAUCCAGGACCCCGUCACUGGAAAAAGCCGCCUGGUUGGAGAUGUGGACUUUGAAGGCGUAAAGAAGAAGGCUGGAUUCAUCACACCAGUUCCUGGAGGUGUUGGGCCCAUGACUGUGGCCAUGCUCAUGAAGAACACCAUCAAAGCUGCCAAGAAUGUCCUGCAGAUUCCCGCAGAGAGGAUCCGGAUGGCUGCUGCAUCCUAAUGAGCCAGAGCACAGCUCGGCAGCAGAGACACAUUCCACCUAACACCACACUCCUAUGCUUCUUCUAACUUGGAGCGACCUGGUCGAGCUCUUCUUGCACACUGACUGAAAAGAUGAUCACGCUUGGAGGCUUUCAAUUCUGCUGACAUCUUUCUGAGGAUCGAGUCCAGCAAUGUUUAGUCUGUUACAUCCGUUCAUGCGUCUGCAUGUCCUUUGUAACAGUAUUUAUCAUUUGCAAUGUAAUUCUGUGACAGUUUUUAGGUUUUUAAAAAUCUUGAGAGAUUGCUUCUAUUUAUUGCUACAGAGACACAUUUUAAACAUGAAUGCAGUGUUUAUGACUCCAAGCUGAGUGACUGGUCUUUUCUUUUGUUGUUGAUUUAGCCUUAUGUAUUAAGAGUGUUAAGGGCUAACAUCAGGAAUAAGAUUAUUUAUCAAAAACAUUAUCAAGCUUUAAAGAUUUCACAUUUGCCUUUGCAGAAACUUUAAAAUAAAUACAUGUAUGUUGUCA